AGGGAGGGAGAGCACAGCUUGUCCACCUUGAUACUCCUGUGGCAGCUCCAGCAAUGCAUGUCUGCCUUCCUGUUGUUUUGUGGCUCCGCGUCUGAACACAAAUCUCUCGCUGAUCUUCCCAUCUAGCAGCUCCUUCAGCAGCCCGCCAGGAGGACGCAGCCACCAGCCUUCAUUCUGGAGGGAAAGGCCCCAGUCGAGUCCAGGAGGGGGGACGGAGGAGACGGGGAGGCCGGCUCCCUCAGCCCCAGCCCUGCCGCGCUGCCUCUGACCCAGACACAGAGCCCUGGGCCCUGGCAGAGCGAGAGCCUGCUGGCAGAGUCGUGGUCCACGAUGGGCGACAUGGACCCCGAGGACACUAAGAGCCUGGACAGCAGCGAUGGGGCAGUGCAGGCCGGAGAGGAGAACCACUCGUCCAACUCGGACAUGGUCCACCUGGAGCGGGAGGAGGCCGAGAUGCUGGAGGAGGCGGAGGAGGACGAGGACGACGACCUGCAGUCGAGUGUGUUGAGCGUUUUAGGCGGGGAGAGGGAGCUAGUUGAGCUGAGGGAGGAGGAGGAGAUGGACCUCCAGGCCCCAGAAACUGAGGGGCUCCUGGUGUCAGCGGAGGAGCCCAUAGUGGAAAAGGAGCCUGCGGAGUUCAUGCAGGUGGUUCCCCCGAUGGCCCUGCCUCCUCUACCUAUCGUCAGGCUUCAUCCCCCUUCCACUACAUCAACGCCCAUCCCGUCAAUCACAACCUCCGAAGCCGAGGAGCCUUACAUCACCGAGGGGCUCCACCCUCCGUUCAUCUUCGCGCCGACGGAGAGUCCCGAGCAUUUAAAAUUCUCACAGGUUCUCCUCUCCGACGUGGAGGAACAUUCUGCCGAAAGCUCUGAAGCGGCGACAGAAAAGUCGGAGCCUCAACCUUCGCCUCUACCAAAGACUUCCAAACCUCAGAGCUCCACAAAGCUGCUGAUUAGAAAUGCUGCUUUAGUGGCCGUCGUAGGAAUUGUAGCAUACGGCGCUAUAGCUUACUGCAGAAAGUAGAAACCCUCUCUUCUCACACUGAAUCACCCAUUCAACAGAGGUCUUUGUUUUUAAAUGUAUUCCAAAAGAAAUAUUCCACUGUAGUCUCAAAAGUUAUAGAUUUUACAUCCACCUUUGUAUUGUACUUACUAUAUUAUACAUAUUAAUUAGAUUAUUUUUGGAAUCAUUUUUUUUGCGCUACCUCAGCUCACAGCAGAGCUCAUGGCCUUUAUUCUUUCUGUACGGUGUAGAUCUCUGAGAUAGCAUAGCUGCUAAAAAUGUAAACCUGGAAUGUAAAAUGUAAGGUGUCAUUUUAAAGAAUCCUGAAACUUGA